AUGCCGGAGUCAAGAUUGCAAAGACUAGCUAACUUGAAAGUAGGGAUACCGCAGCAACUUAGACGGACCUCCAUAAUAGGUACCAUUGGACCCAAGACAAAUAGCUGCGAAGCCAUCACUUCCCUGAGGAAGGCUGGCCUGAACAUCAUUCGAAUGAAUUUCUCCCAUGGCUCCUACGAAUUCCAUCAAACUGUAAUCGAGAAUGCUAUGAAAUCAGAACAGCAAUUCCCUGGAAGACCGCUCGCCAUUGCCUUGGACACUAAGGGUCCCGAGAUUAGAACAGGUCGCACCUUGAAUGAUCAGGACUUCUUUGUUCUCGUAAAACACCAAAUGAUCUUUACUACCGACUCAAAGUUUGCUGAUACCUCCAAUGAUAAAAUCAUGUAUAUAGACUACCCCAACUUGACAAAAGUUAUUGUUCCAGGAAGGUUUAUUUACGUCGAUGACGGUAUUCUCUCUUUUAAGGUUCUUCAAAUCAUUGACGAUUUCAAUUUAAGGGUUCAAGCGGUAAACUCAGGUUAUAUCUCAUCCCGUAAAGGUGUCAAUUUGCCCAAUACAGAUGUUGAUUUACCCCCUUUGUCCGCAAAGGAUAUAAAAGACUUGCAAUUUGGAGUGCGCAAUGGGAUUCACAUGGUGUUUGCCUCCUUCAUAAGAACUGCCCAGGACGUUUUGACUAUCAGGAAGGUAUUGGGUUCUGAAGGGCAAGAUAUUAAGAUUAUUUCCAAGAUAGAAAACCAGCAGGGAUUAGAUAAUUUCGAUAAAAUCCUGGAGGUCACAGAUGGUGUUAUGAUAGCAAGAGGCGAUUUAGGAAUUGAGAUCUUGGCACCUGAAGUGUUGGCAAUUCAAAAAAAACUCAUUGCAAAAUGUAAUGUAGUAGGCAAACCUGUCAUAUGUGCAACACAAAUGCUAGAUUCAAUGACCUACAACCCAAGACCGACAAGGGCUGAGGUGUCAGAUGUGGGGAACGCUGUACUGGACGGUGCAGAUUGUGUUAUGCUAUCUGGAGAAACGGCAAAGGGAGAUUAUCCGGUGAAUGCCGUUAGUGUUAUGGCGGCAACCGCACUCAUUGCAGAAAGUACCAUCGCGCAUUUGGCUCUUUAUGAUGAUCUUAGAGAUGCCACCCCUAAGCCUACCUCCACUACAGAAACUGUGGCAGCAGCAGCCACGGCAGCAAUUUUGGAACAAGAUGGUAAGGCCAUCGUUGUAUUAUCCACUACAGGGAACACAGCAAGGCUGUUAUCGAAAUAUCGACCAAGUUGUCCUAUCAUACUGGUAACGAGACAUGCAAGAACGGCAAGAAUUGCACAUUUGUACAGGGGUGUUUUCCCAUUUGUCUAUGAACCAGCCCGUUUAGACGACUGGGGUGAAGACGUUCAUAGGCGCCUAAAGUUUGGCGUUGAAAUGGCGAGGUCUUUUGGAAUGGUGGAGAACGGCGAUACUGUCGUUUCCAUCCAAGGCUUUAGAGGAGGCGUUGGUCAUUCCAACACAUUACGUGUUUCUACUGUUGGUGAAGAAUUCUAG